GAUUCAGUACGCAAUUGUCAUCAGUUUGAAUUUGACCGUAGUCAGUUAAACAGUAUAGAAUUACUCAAGAAUAAAAAAAACAAAGCGUGCAUUUUAUUUAUUUAAAAAAAAAAUGAUUUUUUUAACGUCGGUUCUUUUGCUGGGUAUCACAGUGGCUUUUUGCCUAUGGAUUGAGAUAAGAAAAUGGUAUUUGAAUUGCACAAAAUUACGAGCAUAUUCAAAGCUCAAAGAGGUUCCCAUUUUUGGGAUUGGUGGCCGUUUCAUUGGACAAGACAAUGAGGCAUCAAUGCAGUCGAUUGAGAAACUAUUCUACGAAAAAGAACAACCGUUUGCUGCUUGGUUUGGUCCAACAAUUGCCAUUGGAAUCGAUGAUCCCGAAGAUAUGUACACAAUUUUGAACGCCGACCAAUGUUUGGAUAAACCAUACUUAUACUCGCAUCUGAGAAAUGAAACUGGUCUCUUUUCAUCCGGCAAGGAGUUGUGGAAACAACAUCGUCGUGCUCUGAAUCCAACAUUCAAUACAAAAAUUAUGAAUAGUUUUAUUCCCACAUUUAAUAGAAAAGCAAAGAUUUUGGUACAACAAUUGGAAAAACACAUCGGCACUCCAUUCGACAUUUAUCGGCCAGUUUUCAAAGCAUUAACCGAUAUGAUUAUGAACACUGGGCUGGGUAUGAAUUGGGAAUUGCAAACGAAACGCGGCGAUGAUCUGCACGACAUUUUUAUCGAAGUCAUGAGCUCAUUUCAAUCAAGAGUCGUACGCUUCUGGUAUAAAUGGGACUUUGUAUACAAUUUAACAAAGGCUUGCAAACGAGAAUUGGUUUUACUAGAGCAGGGAUAUCGUGUAUUGCGUAGCGUACGCGAGGUGAAGGAAAUUGAAUUAGCAGACAAAUUAGAAAAAGGUGAUGACAUAUUGGAAAAAUCCAAAGCAGAAAAUUCAUUAACAUGGAUCCAAAAGUGUUUCUUAAUGUAUCGUGAAGGAACGUUCACCGAACAAAAUUUAAUCGAGGAGAUUGAUACGAUUUUCGUGGGUGGCACCGAUACAACUACUACAACAAUUUCGUGUACGUUGAUAAUGCUGGCCAUCUAUCCGGAAUUUCAAGAAAAAGUGGUUGCUGAAUUGCAUGAAGUAUUUGACGAUGUUGAUAGUUCGGUUACGUAUGAGGAUGUGUCUAAAUUAAAUUAUUUGGAGAUGGUAAUCAAGGAGUCGUUGCGUCAUUUCCCGGUCGGCCCAUUCAUCGCACGCAAAGCCAGCACUGACUUUCCGUUUAAGGGUGGGAUAAUUCCAAAAGACUCAUUCAUCUUACUUAACAUCGCAAAAAUGCACAAAGAUCCAAAGUAUUGGGGUGACAAAGCGAACGAUUUUUAUCCGGAGCACUUUUUGCCGGAGAACUUUUCAAAAAUGCACCCUUAUACGUUUUUAGCUUUUAGUGGUGGACCAAGAAACUGCAUUGGAAUCAAGUAUGCAUGGUACGUGGCCAAAAUAAUGUUAGCGCAUUUGUUGCGUCGAUACAAAUUCACUACCCAUUUGAAAUAUGAGGAUAUUCGCACAAAAGUUAACAUUAUAUUGAAGAUAGCCAAUGAAAAUCCGAUUUGCGUCGAACGGCGAGACUGGUAGAUAAGCGACAUUUAUUUUUAAAUCAUUUUUUGAACUUUUUUCCUCUUCAGAAUUGUGUUGUUGUAAAUAAAGGUUAUUUGUAAACUAUAACUAAAUACUAUAAUAAUUACGUGGACGAAUUGAAAUGAAUGAACAAUAACAAUAGACAUGCUAUUCAUAACUGGGUUAUUCGAUACGAAAGCCAGUUUUGUACUUUUUUCAUUGGGUUUUAAUUGAAUAAAUUUGCUACAUUCUUUUUGUUCUUUUUCUAUUCACGGAAUAAAAUCAAAAGCUAUUAGCGUACGUUGAUAGUCGUCAUUGACGGAGUAAAGCAGCUAGU